ACUCAAAUAAAAAAUAAAAUAAAUGUACUGACCUUUUGAAAAAUACAAUAGCUGCAAUAGGAUAUGUCUUUUUAAUCUAAUCAUGGAAUACCAACACAUUUAUGGUGGUUAUCUCUCUAUAAUUAUGUUAAUUCUGAGAGGGACUAGCGUUCAACAUCUCGGCAAUAAUCUGAGAUGCGCAGCGCGACUGUAAUAAAGACGACCUGAAACGCAACCAUGGGCUUUAGUGCAGCGAUAGAAUAACUGUUUUCAUUGGUAGAGGCUAUAUUGUUUUCCCCAAUCGGAGCAGUUGUUUUGCAAGAGUCACAGUGUCCACCCGGAAGUGAAAAUGUAGUUUUCGAUGCAUUUUGACCAUUUUUAAAAUAUCCGUUUGUUUUGGAUUAUGACUAACACCUUAUAAACCGAGUUGCUGUUGAUUUGCCAUUCUCAGCAUGUAUAGCGGACUUUUACCGAAAGGUCUGAGCGAUGCAGAAAUUAGUUCAAAUGAUGAGGACGACCAAAGACAAAGUGUUGUUGCAAAUCAAGAAAAAACGUUAGCCUCAAACAAAUGUCGUGCAGUUGGACUUUCGCGUGGUCUUAAGGAAAAUUGUGGGACACUUGUAGACAUUAGUUCUUCUCGUAUCCCGCCCGUCAUAGAAAAUGAUAAGUCGUUGGACUGCUUACCCGGGAUUUCCGAGGAGAAGUGGCAAAAAUUUAAAGAGCUACAGAAGAAAAAAGAUGAGAUCAAGACAAUGAAGUUCCCCCAAAAAAGACAGCAGAGAAGACGACGGCAUAAGAAAGAUGAUGAAUCAGGGACUAAGAACAUGGAAUCAAACAAUGAAAGAGAGCCUCAAGUGGAGCAUGACAAGCAUUGGGAAGGGCUGACGCAGUACUUUGGCAUCAAUGAUAGAUUUCAACCCCCUGCCUGUUACAAGCCUGCUCCCAAGUCCAGCUUAGAAAAGAGCAUAGAGAGCGCCAUCGCUGAAGGGGACUUUGGGAAGGCGGAGGAGAUGAGCGACAGACUCGCCACUCGAGAGCUGGCCGUGAAAAUCGCUCAAGCCGCCGAUUGCCGUGACUUUGUGCAAAGCAAACAGGAAGCGGAGGCUUCGCGGGCAGCCCAGAAAAGGAAGAAGCAAAUCGCUUGGGGGUUUGAAGCCAAACAAAGAUGGGAAACCAAAAGCAACAUGGGCUAUAUGUGACGUAAACCGACGAGAAAGAAAAUGAAGGUUCUUGUAAAGAUUUGUGUAAUUUCUCAGUUAAUUUAAUAAAGUUUGUGAGAAAACGUCAAGAUACUGUACAGAACAAUAACAACAAAAAAACAUAAAGUCUGUAUAAGAUGAGAAUUAUGGAAUGUUCAAAUUAAUUCUCUGAGCACUCCAUGGUGGCUGCUGUGUGUGCUAUGUUCCAUUACAUUUCUGUGAUUUGAGCAUUUCUGGGCCUUUUUUCUUCAAAUUAAAUCUGGUGUACAUUA